CACUUCUACUGUGAAUAGACAGCUGUUGCGGCGUGUUGGCUCUUCCACUUUCUAUACAUAAGAUAUUUUGCUUCUUCCUUCAUUCGCUGGACGAUUGUGUAGGCCUGCACGUGUAGUGUAAUUGUUUAUUUACCUUUACCUCGGAAGAAAAGGAAAUCAAAUUCAGUGUAUUUAUAAAAUGAAAUUCUUCGUUCCAAGUUCUUUUGGCAAGAAUGCCGAUGCUGUUAAAUUUAAACCCACUGCCCAAAGUGACACCAGUGCCAGUGGAAAAAUGAAGAAAAACAAGAAAAAGAAAAACAAAGCAAAACCCAAAAGUGAAGUCACUGGAAGAGGCCCACUUGCACCACCUAUGCCAAUGGAAUCCGACGAUGAUGAAACAAUGACUACAGUGAGAAGAGUUAAGGAAGGAAAAGUCGACAAGAAAAAGAAUAAUAAAAAGCAGAAACAACAACAAAAACAAAUUAAGCCAACUCCGGCCUUAUUGGAGGCAGCCAAGGAAUCAUUGUUAGAAGAUGCCGAAGAAAAACAAUCCACAUCUAUGGGGGCUGCUGGCGGUGUAAGUGCCUUCGAGGCCAAGUUGAAGGAACAGCUAAUGGGUGGACGAUUUCGUUUUCUCAACGAACAGCUGUACACCAUGAACAGCAAGAAGGCCGAACAACUUUUCAAAUCAGAUCCAGAGGCCUUUAAAGCAUAUCACGACGGUUAUCGGCACCAAGUCGAAAAAUGGCCAUUAAAUCCAUUGAAUCGUAUUAUUAAAAUGGUUAAGAAACUACCCAAGUCCUUGGAGAUUGGUGACUUUGGUUGUGGUGAGGGCAUGCUGGCAAAAUCUGUACCCCACAAAGUAUACUCCAUGGAUUUGGUUAGUUGUCGCGACGAUAUAAUUUCCUGUGAUAUGGCCAAUACACCGCUAAAUACCCAAUCUUUGGAUGUUGCUGUGUAUUGUUUGUCUUUGAUGGGUACAAAUCUAAAAGAUUACCUUUUGGAGGCGAAUCGUGUUCUGAAAAUGGAUGGCCUGAUGUAUGUGGCUGAGAUUCAAUCACGUUUCGAUAAUGUCAAAGAUUUUGUACGGAAGCUAGACUCCUUUGGUUUUACGUUGCUUAAUCAAGAUGUUGGACAAAAGGUUUUCUACUUUUUCCAAUUCAAAAAAGUUCGCAAUGUUGGCAAGGUGGCCAAUGUGCCAGCGUUGCAGCUGAAACCAUGUUUGUACAGGAAACGAUAAACCUGUACGCCGUGCAAUUGGAUUACAUUAUAAAGACUAAUUUAGAAAAUAAAUAGAGAGUUAAAGAAAACAAUAAUGUCUUAUCUCUUGCUUUUAAUAUAUAAGCUAUUUAAAA